GACACGGCUCAGCACGACAAGAAACUGAAACACAGCCUGACUUGCAAAGCAAGCCUAACCAGGAGCUCUCUCCAGCUUAUUUGCUGUACUUUGAGGCCAUCUUGAGCAGACGGACUUACUGCUACAGGCGUUCAUUUUGGUUUCUCAUUUGUUACAGUUUCUUUUAUGUCACCAGUGUGUUUCCUUGAAGUUUGGACGUGUCCCUCUUCAAAGUGUCUUUGGAGGCGAGAAAGAACAGGAAGCGGGAGGAGAAGGAGGAGGAGGGGAUACUUACUUUGAAAGCUAAACUUUAUCUGCAUUGCUCACCUGCUCCUUCUCUGGAAUGAAAGCCGUGUAGAGGACCUUACCGUGAAAGAGAGGACAAGAAGAAAGAAAAGCUACUUCCUGGAAAGUUAUCUGUUGUUUUUAAGCUCUAGGAGACACGGGACACACAGCAGGGACGGCCACUAUUGAUGAGUGAGUGACUGCUGGUGUGUGUAGGUGAGUUUACUGCCUCACACUACCCAGUCUUAUCUCUCUCUUGACUGUCUUUGACUCUUCAGCAUGGCCAAUGUCAGUCCCUUCAUGUCUCCGGGACCCAUGUCCCAGGUCUUUUUCCCUCCGGGUGGCCCGUCUCCACCUGGGUCAGUGGUGAUGCAUCAGGGGACACCGGUCUCUGUCCAUACAUCCCAAACCCCAGGGUUCCCUACAGUGGACAUGGUGGUUGCCCCAGGUCCCGGCGGGGCAUCUGGAAUGCCGUCUGGGCCUCCGGCGCCAGCUGGUGUCUCCUUCAUCAUACAGAUUGGGCUGACUAGAGAGUCUGUGCUUCUACCUCAGACUGCAGACCUGGCCUACAUCAAACAAAUUGCUUGUUCAAUUGUGGAUCAGAAGUUUCCUGAAUGUGGCUUUUAUGGGAUUUAUGACAAGAUCCUCCUCUUCAAGCACGACACCAGCAGCAAUAACAUCCUGCAGCUGGUCAAGGCAGUGUCGGAUAUCCAGGAGGGGGACCUGGUGGAGGUUGUUCUGUCCGCUGCUGCCACAUUUGAGGACUUCCAGAUUCGGCCUCACGCAUUAAACGUGCACUCGUAUCGUGCACCGGCAUUCUGCGAUCACUGCGGCGAGAUGCUUUUCGGCCUGGUGCGCCAAGGACUCAAAUGCGAUGGCUGUGGAUUGAAUUACCACAAACGCUGUGCCUUUAGCAUUCCCAAUAACUGCAGCGGGGCGAGGAAGCGGCGCCUGUCCACCACGUCCCUCACCAGCAGUCAGUCCCUGCGUCUGUCCACCUCAGAGUCCCUCAGCAGCAUCAACAGCAGCGUGACGUCUGAGGAUACCAGCCUCAUACGAUCCCACACCCAGAUGCCCCGCACCCCCAGUGAGGCCAGACGCUUUUACACCGGGCGGCCCGUCCACCUGGACAAGAUCCUCAUGACUAAAGUGAAGGUCCCGCACACAUUUGCCGUUCACUCAUACACGCGCCCCACUGUGUGUCAGUACUGCAAGAAACUGCUGAGAGGACUCUUCCGCCAGGGACUCCAGUGCAAAGACUGCAAGUUCAACUGCCACAAGCGAUGUGCAUACAAGGUCCCAAAUGACUGUUUGGGAGAGACUCUUGGUAAUGAGUACAUAUUAAGUCCAAGCACAGACACGGAGGUGCCGAUGGACUACAGUAAUGAGUUUUCUGAAACUGAUAAGUCUUCUAUGAUGGACGACUCAGACGAGGCCUGUAGUAUCCCCGGGUCUUUCUCCCCAGACAGCGGCCAGGAUGGAGCCAGUGGAGACCAGAGUGCUAAUAUUCCUCUGAUGAGAGUAGUGCAGUCCAUCAGGCAGACCACACGUCGCUCCAGCACGGCCAUCAAGGAAGGCUGGAUGGUGCAAUACAGCAACAAGGACACACUGAGGAAGAGACACUACUGGCGCCUGGACUGCAAAUGCAUCAUCUUAUUUCAAAACGACACCACCAACAAGUACUACAAGGAGAUCCCGCUCUCAGAGAUCCUGGAGGUACGCCCAGCGCGCGAUUUCUCUCUCGUACCUGCCGGCACCAGCCCCCAUUGCUUUGAGAUUAUGACAGGUACCAUGAUCUACUUCGUUGGCGAGGACCCCAACACCACCCCGUCCCCGUCAUCCAGCGUGUAUGGCCUGCCCAUCUCCUUCACCCCCUGCAGCGUUGCGCCCAAUAGCGGGGUGGGACGAGAGUUUGCCAAAGGCUGGGAGACUGCUAUACGUCAAGCCCUUAUGCCAGUCAUCUUCCAAGACAACCCUCCAGCAGAAGGUCACACCCCUCACCGGCAGGCAUCAGUCAGCAUCUCUGUGUCUAACAGCCAGAUUCAGGAGAACGUGGACAUUGGUAUGGUGUACCAGAUCUUUGCUGAUGAGGUUUUAGGUUCUGGACAAUUUGGCGUGGUAUAUGGAGGAAAACACAGGAAAUCUGGUCGGGAUGUAGCCGUGAAGGUAAUCGACAAGCUUCGGUUCCCCACCAAGCAGGAGAGCCAACUGAGGAAUGAAGUAGCCAUACUGCAGAGCCUGCGACACUUGGGUAUAGUGAAUCUCGAGUGCAUGUUUGAGACACCAGAGAAGGUGUUUGUGGUAAUGGAAAAACUUCAUGGUGACAUGCUUGAGAUGAUUUUAUCGAGUGAGAAAGGACGACUUCCUGAGAGACUCACCAAGUUCCUAAUCACGCAGAUUUUGGCUGCUCUGAGGCACCUUCACUUCAAAAACAUAGUGCACUGCGACCUCAAACCUGAGAACGUGCUAUUGGCAUCAGCGGAUCCUUUCCCACAGGUGAAACUUUGUGACUUUGGUUUUGCUCGCAUCAUUGGAGAGAAGUCUUUCCGCCGUUCUGUCGUGGGCACACCGGCUUACUUGGCCCCUGAGGUCCUCCUGAACCAGGGAUACAAUCGCUCUCUGGACAUGUGGUCUGUUGGUGUGAUCAUGUAUGUUAGCCUGAGUGGAACGUUCCCUUUCAACGAGGAUGAAGACAUCAAUGAUCAGAUCCACAAUGCCGCCUUCAUGUACCCGCCUAACCCGUGGAAACAGAUCUCUCCUGAAGCUAUCGACCUCAUCAAUAACCUGCUCCAAGUGAAGAUGAGAAAACGCUACAGUGUGGACAAGAGUCUGAGCCAUUCAUAUCUGCAGGAUUACCAGGCCUGGUUGGACCUCCGAGAGCUGGAGUCAAAGCUUGGGGAGCGUUACAUAACCCACGAGAGCGAUGACAGCCGCUGGCAGCAGUACGCCCAUAAUCACACGCUGCCCUACCCCCCUCACCUGGUGCCCCCGCCACCCGCGUCCGACGACGACGAGGAGGGCGCCGAGGACGCUGAUAUGCAGGGGCUGACAGAGCGUGUCAGCAUCCUUUGAAGAAGAAACCGAGGUGACGGACGAGAGGAAUGAAGAGAACCUGCCAGAACUUUAACAACUUUUAGUGCACCACGAGCGUAGGAUGGAGGUAGUUAUGUAGCCCUCUGUAUGAAAGCGUAGCUUCGUGUGUCUUUGGUGGCCAACUGCAGGCCCUCUGAACUCUGACCUCCUUCAGCCAGAGGACUGGCGAUGACUUGUUUCUGAGAUGCACAUAUUAACGUGGAAAAAGAACUGUUUGGACCCCGGCAUAGACACAAAGUCGAACUGUAAAACGUCAUUUUUGAAAGAAUGAUACGUCGGCCAAUCUGUUUUAAGGAAAUCCUAAUUUAAUUUGGCUGGUUUUGGGUAAUGCAAUUUGACAUCUUUCUUAAUGUUCGGUCACAUUUACCACCAAAUUUUCGUGAUGCAUCAUAUUAUGGUGGCUAAGCAGUGAGGCUCGUUGUUUAUUGGGAAAUGCACCCCUGUAUGUUGGAGCG